AGAGCGGCCGAGAGGAUGAGCGGGCAAAGGCGAUUAAGGGGCGGCAAGCGAGAACUCAUCGUCGUCGUGGCGGUGUCGAUCGACAGUAGCGUGAAGGCAGUCCGAGAGAGAAUGACUCGUCGCGCGCGUCCUCUCAGCGUCUCGCGGCUGGCUGUGGUGCUGGCCCUGGUUGGGGCCCUACUCGCGCCUUUCGCCGCAGCCCUCAACAAGAACGACUUGUACCCUUACACGACACCUGGUUCCUCGAUCCUACAAUCGGACGUAAACGGGUUGCUUCUAUCCGCGGAGACAAUUCUCAAGACACCGAUCGCAUUCUACGAUAAGAUCUUCAAUUCCAUAUUCGUAAACGGAAAUGGCGUCCUCUCUUUCGCAAGGGCCAUGCAAAGGUUUUUCAAUAUCGCAUUCCCGCUCGACGAUCCGGUUAUCGCGCCUCUCUAUACACACGUUGACACUAGCGGUUCUGGAAGAGUGUAUUAUGGCGAAACGGACGCACCGACAGUCCUUGCCAGAGCCGGAGGAAUGGUUCGGAGCGCUUUCGCGGAUGCCGCAGAUUUCGUACCGACUCAUGUUUUCCUCGCCACAUGGCUGGCCGUUGGAUACUAUAACGGAAAGAGCGACAAGGUGAACACGUACCAGGUAGCUAUCUCGUCGAAUGGUACGCAUUCUUACGUGGAACUAUUGUAUCCGGAGAAUGGUGUACAGUGGAUUCAAGGUGAGUCGCACCCGAAUGGUUUGCCUGACGCGAAGGCACAAGCAGGAUUAAUGAGCGAAGGAAGAAUGUACACGUUGAAGGGUUCCGGGACGGAUCAGAUUCAGAAUGUCGACAAAUGGUCGAACGUGAACAGACCUGGACAAUGGCUGUUCCAAGUAGGACCGAUCUCCGACGACAGCGACGUGAAAGUUCCCGACAAUAUCGAAGAUAGCAGCGCAUCGAAUCAGGUACCAAAUUGUAGAAUAGGAGCAACGACUUGCCACAGCAGGGCGACGUGUGUCGACUACGAGGUGGGCUUCUGCUGCCACUGCAAGCAAGGAUUCUUCGGCAAUGGGAAAUCCUGCCUGCCAAACGAUAUUCCACUGCGUGUAAACGGCCGAGUUGCCGGCACGAUCAACGACGUGGAGUUCCCUGCUAGAGAUCUUCAGUGCUACGUGCAACCGAAAGAUGGAAGAACGUACACGGCUCUAUCGAGAGUACCCGAGGAAAUUGGCGCCAGUUUUCAAUUGUUGGGUAAUCUGGGCAGUGUGAUCGGUUGGCUGUUCGCUAAACCGAUCGGCGAGACGAAAAAUGGAUACGAGCUUACAGGGGGCAUGUUCAAUCAUACGACGGUGCUGACGUAUCCGUCAACGGGCGACAAACUAACGAUACGAAGCAAUUACCUCGGGUUGGACGUGUUCGGUCAGCUGAAAGUGGAGGCAAUGAUCGAAGGUACGUUGCCGCAGUUGGCGAGAGACACCAAGGUCGAUUACGGUGACUACGAAGAACUUUAUACGAGAGCGCAGGCCGGCGUGAUCCGCGCGCAGAGCGAGAGAACUUGCAAACUGAACGAAGGUGGGGAAGAGCGGGAACUCGCUUUUAUCCAAGACGAAACUAUCGUUUAUAACGAGUGUCCGUAUCUGAACGUCGAACCCGAGGACGACACGACCAGAUUGAAGUUCUACAGAGGUGUCACUACUUACGAGGCAACCGAGGGAAUUAUACGUUUCGCGGUGAAUACAAAAGUGGCGCCCCUCGAAGAAGAAGAUCCCUGUAUCCAGGGAAGAGAGACCUGCAGCGACCAUAGCUUCUGCGUCGUCGACGGCGAUAGCUUUAAGUGUGUCUGCAGUCCUGGCUACCAGUAUUUGUACGAAGAGGACGGGAGCGCAGUUUGCGUGGAUGUGAACGAAUGUACCGCCGGAAAUCACAUGUGCUCUCCCGACGCGCAGUGCAUUAAUCAAGAAGGCAGCCACACGUGUCAGUGCAGGCCCGGAUUCUCCGGUGAUGGUCGAAUCUGCGAAAGUCUUCCUUCUUGCGAGGAGACAAGAUGCGAGAAUUACGAGCAAUGCGUGAUGAUCGAAGGUGCGCCUAACUGCAUCUGUUUGCCUGGAUUCGAGGAUACCGAACAGGGUUGCUAUCCUACGUCGCAACGUGCUUCCUGCGAUGUCGAGGAUAACUGCUCGUCCAAUGGUAUCUGCAAUUUCGACACCGAGAGGCAGAAGCACGUUUGCAUCUGCUUACCAGGCUUCGUUGGCGAUGGCUACACGUGUUAUCCGGAAGCAGAGCCAACCGCAGUGGACGAACCGCCGAAACCGCAGUGUGUGGAGGAGAUGUGCUGGUGUCCAAGGGGCUGGGAAUAUCGGAAUAACGAAUGUAUGUCGCAGGAAGGGUCUGGGAGGUCUACUGACGUCUCUCCCGAUCGGGACUUAUCGGCACACCCAGUCCCGGAAUGCUACGAAGACCACUGCGUAUGUCCUUGGAGUCACAGUUACGACCAUUCAAGGGAAAUUUGCGUGCCUCGGCCCGGAUUCAACCACGAAACGAUGGGUCCAUCUGGAUUUCACUUGUCGUGCAACGUGGUGAACAGGUGUCACCCCUACGCUCAAUGUAUCUACAUGGCUACCACCGGAGACUACGAGUGUCGCUGCAAUCCCGGUUACGAGGGCGAUGGUAUGGAGUGUGCAAAAACAGAGGUGUCCUGUUUGGAGGUGGACAUUUGCGACCCGAACGCGUCUUGCCAGCAGGAGGAGUCCUUAGCCAAGUGUGUGUGCAAUCCAGGAUUCGAAGGGGACGGAACUACGUGCAGUGCUAUCGACGAAUGCAGCAGCACCACUGAUUGCCUGGAGAACGAACGAUGCUCGUACAAUCCGGCAAACUCGCGGUACGAGUGCACGUGUAAUCCAGGAUUCAGUAUGGUUGAUGGUCGCUGCGUGGUAUCCGACUGCUCAACGAAUCCGUCUCAGUGCCACGUAAACGCGCAGUGCGUAUCCACCGGCGAAGGUGGCUACAAGUGCGUCUGCAUCGAGGGAUACAACGGUGACGGAGUCCGUCAAUGCGUCGAGAACCACAUUGGCUGCAACGUGCUGAAUAAUUGCGGCAGGAACGCGGUCUGUGGCUACAAUCAAACCUCCGCGAAUUUCGCCUGCGUUUGCCAGCCGGGCUAUUAUGGCGACGGUUUCACGUGUUUACCCCAGUCAUCCUGCAGACACGAACCAACGAUCUGUUCGCCAGACGCUACGUGUGUGGCCGCCGGAGAAAAUCAGUUUGCUUGCGUAUGCAACGAAGGUUUCGCCGGAGAUGGGACCAACUGCGAGCAAAGACCAAAACACGAAGCAAACUUCCUGCUGGUGAAUCAAGGAAUGGCUACGUUGAGGAUUCCGUUCGCGCCGACGCACGAAGAUCUCGGUAGCCCGAUUUACAUAGCGUACACACAGAUGGCUAUCGCGAUCGACAUCGAUUGCAUGAACGGGAAAGCCUACUCGAGCGACAUCACCGGUAAUCGAAUAAUCGAGUUAACGUACAACGGAUCGAUGGCUGAGACGUUCUUGCCGAAAGUUAGCAGCCCCGAGGGACUGGCGGUCGAUUGGAUCUCGAGAAAUAUUUUCUGGACCGACUCGGGCAAAACGACCGUCGAGGUAGCCAAUCUCGAGACGAAGAAGCGGAAGGUGCUCGUUUCAGACGGACUGGUCAAUCCUAGAGGAAUAGCUGUACACCCGUAUCGCGGGAAGAUAUUUUGGUCGGAUUGGAACCGUGCGUCGCCGAAAUUGGAGUGGGCCAACGAGGAUGGAACCGGUCGUGCAAUCUUCCUUCAAGGGGAUUAUGUGAAGUUACCGAAUUCAUUAAGUAUCGAUUGGGCGAUGGAUGAGCUGUGCUGGGCGGACGCCGGAACGUUUACGAUAAGCUGCAUGGAAAUCGAUAGCAGGAAUAUCAACGUGAUCGCCAACGAGCUCACCUAUCCGUUCGGUCUCGCGAUUUCCCAGCAGAAAUAUUAUUGGACCGAUUGGAAGACUCACAAAAUCGAAGUUGCCAUGAAGAGCACCGGGGACAGGAAGCCGCCCAUAUCGGUACCACCAGGGGGAAGCGGUAAAUUAUACGGAAUAGUCGUCGUUCCUGAGUCGUGCCCGAGAGUGACCAACGCCUGUCAGUUCGAAAACGGAAGGUGUAACAAGGAUCAGCUAUGUCUGCCGAAUGGUCAAAGCGGUAGAACGUGUGCGUGUGCGGACGACGCGACAGGACCAUGCACUGACACGCAGUAAUGUUUGUAAUUGGUCGUGGAAGAUUCGGAAGACAUCGCAAGGCUCGGUCAGCCGAUCAAAACGAAAGAAUGUUUGUUAUUUGACCGCUGGGGUGGCGUCGGACCACUCUUUAGAUUACGUGUAAAUUAUAAUAUUCUACUUUGUAUGAUUAGUUUUUAUCGUCCACGUAUUCGAGUAACACAAUCUUUUGUAUCUAAAAUACGGAGUCCGCAGCGUGAAGCUGGCUGUAUGGUGCUGCGACUCGGUGACACGUUAUUUAAUAAAAGUAAAAUAAUAAAAUAAGGGA